CCGUCAUUCCAGCACAGCACCCCUCUCUGUCUUCUCGUACCAGCCUCUGCAUCACAUGAUGCAGUCAGGCCUCCAGCCCACACACCAUAUGCUAUGAUACACACACAUACAUUCAUCGGUCAGGCCGCCACAGAGGCAGUGAGCCGCUGCCACACACCGUCACACACACGCCGCACCUCAACCACCUAAUUGAAUAUCACACACAGACGGCCUCCGGAUCUCUCCCUCUCUCUCUCUAUCUGUCUCUCUGUGUGUGUGUGUGUGGUACCUGCUGAUUGAGCUGUGUAUGCAGCCUUCUGUCCUCCCCAUAGCAGUACUCGCGCAGCACCUGACAGCCAACCAGAAAACCCCCAACAAAAAUCGUCUCGGCGCGCCGCUCCCCACACGCACGUGUACCUGUUGUUUGUACGAAUCAUUGCCGUCAGGUGCCUUGGUGUCUGCUGCCGUCCUCACGGGCUGCUGGCGGGCCAGACGCACACCAAACUCCUGCACACACGGCAUCCAUCCACCACACACUCGCACGUCCAUCCAUCCAUCCAUCCAUGUGUGUGUGUGUGUGUACCUGUAGGGCCGUUUCUACUGUCAGCAGUCGAUCAGUGAUGCUCGCCCACAGACUCCAGCACGCCGACUCGCUCACACCACCCACACCCACACCCACACCCACACCCGUACUCGCCUCUGCCCUCUCCUCCUUGUCAGCGACCUCAUGGACCCUCACACCCACUCCCCCCCUCCCCAGCCGAGCCACCAUUCUCUCCACAGCCGCCAGCCGCGGCAUUAGGCACGUCAAUUGCCGAUGGAUGGCCGCAUAUUCCGACGACGCCGGCAGCAUGGGAGAUGACAGAGAGGGCGGCAGGGACGGCUGCGAUGGCGAGUCAGCUGGGCCGAUCUGCGUGCUCUGCGUCGCUUUCGGCUCACACACAGGGCGGGAUGUGUCGGCAUCGCUGUUGCCGUUGCCGUGGUCAGCUGCUGCUGAUGCUGAUGGUGGGCUGAGAGGGGCCACCACAUCUCUCUCCGCCUUGACAUCCUCUCCCUGUUGCUGCUGCUGGCAGGGCGAGUCGAAUACCGACAUGACGGACAGCACAGAGGGCGACUUGGCAGCAGAGGCUGUCUGCGGCUCGUUGUGUGAGGAGGGAACUGUCCGCCGGGCGAAGGGCGACGGCGACACACCGACAGAGGGCGACAGCGAGAGACUGCCCACAUGGGAUGAUCGAGGCCUCUCGGGCGUCAGGGAUGCCGCCGAAGCUGACACGUCCGAAUGGGAAUAGAUAGACAGACAGCUGUCGCUAUCCCACAGCCCACGGUCGGCCUUGGGCGGCUGGUCCAUUGCCGAUGCUGGUGAUGGUGCAGUGGCCGCAGGCACCACUACCACUGUGACAUCAUGGCCAUGGUCGUCAGUGCCGAUGGUCCCCUCAGGAUCUGGGAUGCUGGAGGUUACGCCGGCCGCAUUCAUGGGGCUCUCCGAUGCGCUCGAUGGGGGGCCGUGAGGGUCCCCCUGCAAUGGCGGGCUGCGGGCUGACCUCAAACGCACCGUCAGCUGCGGCGAGUUGACGUUGACAUGCGACGAUGCCGCUGCCGAUGCACACGCCGCAAUAUGGGCGACGGGCAAAGCGGCCGGCUCGUCGUCGAUGGGAAGGUCAGCAGUGUCGGUGGGGCUCUCCCCUCCCUCUCCCUCUCCCUCCCCCUCUCCCUCUCCCGCUCCCACCCCUGUAGGCCAUGUGUGCCAGAACCGGGCUUCAAGGUCGUCAUAAGUGGGGUGCGACCGCUCGGGCGUCCUGGGGGUGGUGUUGCUGUCGAUUGGCACCAGCCGAGAUGGCCUCUCUCGUGCGUGCUGCUGUGACUGUGACGGCAGCAUGGCGCUGCUCUUGUCCGACGCGGUGUUGGUGUUGGUGUUGGUGUCGGUGUAGCCAUAGUGGUCCGACCUGGCCGUGUGCGGCUGGAUCGUCAUCACAGCACCACUGCUGUCGGUGUCACUCACACUCAGGUAGCCAUACACAGAUGAGGGGGACGGACCGGCGUCCACACGUGCUGCUGCGGCUGCUGCUGAUGCCGAGGGCGUGGGAGUGGGGUGGGGUGUGUGUCGGUCGUCGGCUGGCACGAGGGGAGAGGGUGAGAGGGAGGAAUAAGGGUGGCUGGGGGAUGGGGUGACUGGCUCGACCCUCUUCUCGACAUCCUCCGCUUGUGAGCCACCAGGAGACAAACUACCGCCAUCUCCUCCCCUCUCUCUCACGGCCGGGCUCUGACUCUGAGAUCGAGGCGGCUCUGGGGAUGGCGAAGCAGCGCUUGCAGAUGCAGGCUGGGUGCGAUCAGCGUCACUUGCUGGGUGUGGGUGGUCCUGUGGACGAGGGGCAGGGGGCGACGGCGCAGCGGAGGGCUCCGGCGAUGCGGCGAAGGCCGGCGGCUCCUGAAAAGAAGACAACAACAAGAAUGAGUCAGUCGCCGUCCGUGCACCCAUGGCUCUGUCUAUCGUGCAUCUCACCUGAGAGUCCUUAUUCUGCUCCUGGUCUACCAUCUGCCCCCCUCCCCCUCCCCCACUCUCCCUCCCCACCAGCCGAGCACUCGACAGCCCACCGAGGGCACUCCUGGUCGGUCUGGGAACCCGGCCGCCCUCGGCAUUGUUGGGUGGGCUUUGACACACCAGCCUCGGGGUCACAGACACGGCCGGCAGCCCAGAUGAUGCUGAUGGUGUGGGGAUGCGAUGGAUGUGUCGGACAGGGCUGUCGGUGCCCUGCAGUUGCUGGAACGACAGGUGGCUUCGAGCAGGGGAGGGGGACUCGUGUGCCUGUGUUGGUGCUCGUGCUGGCGUGUGACUGUUGGCAGCUUCAGGCUGGUGUGGAGGCGGGGCUGCCAACUCAGCCACGCCGCCAACAGAGAGCCGAUAGACGUAUGAUUGUCCGCCCUCCCCCAAUCCCUCCGUCCUCAGCUCGCCAUCAAACUUGACGUCAAACCGAUUACCCACAGGGCCGACUUGAAUGCCACCAAUAGCAGCAGCAGCAGCUGUUGGCCGCACCGGCGAUGGAUCCCUCUCACCGCCACCAUUCCCACUUCCACCAUCAUCAGCGGCAAAGUCAGGCGUCCUUGGCCGAGGAAAGACAUCAUCAGGCACAGCGGGCGACAGCACAGGGUCCCUGCCGGUUUGCGCGUCGCCGUAGCCCUGCUUGGGCGAGGAGAACACGUCCGAUAGACCGUCGCCAAAAUGGCGCUGCUGCCGCUGCUGCCGAUGCCGAUGCCCCGGACCACUUAGAAGCGGGUCCUCGUCGCAACUCGACUCAUCAGAUGUGUCAGCAUAAAGCCGAUGCAGCCUUGGAUGAGGCGUCCUCCCUCGCAGCAACGGCCGUGGCGGGCUGCGAUUGGGCGGACUGGGUGGUGAGGGGAAUGGCAGCGGGUGUGCGGGAGCCGGUGUGGAGCGUGCUGAUGUGCGGGGAGGGGAGGGGGGCGGGGAAGGGUCGCGCCACGAGUUGAGCUGCCGACGAAAAGCGCUGCAAAGUGCCAAACACAUCUUUGGUCUGUGUUUGGUCUGUGUAUGCAUCAUUCAUGUGGGUACUUGGUUCCUUCCUUACCGAACGUCGGCAGCCAAGCUGACAGAAAGAGAGAUGCAUCACAGCACAACACAAUGAAUUGAGUGCGGCCAGCUGUCAUGUGCAUCCAUACUCACCUGCGUAGCUCUUCACUCUGGAGCGCCUGCCUUAGUGUGAACCUGCUCGCCUGACGACGGUCCAUCAGACCCAUUCACGCCAUCAAAUCAAAUCGCCAUGAUCACCUCUCUACACCCCUUCACCUAGAG